AUGAAAAGUUAUUUCGGAAGAAAGGUAGCUAUCGAUGCGUCCAUGUGUCUUUACCAGUUCCUCAUUGCUGUGCGACAAGAUGGCUCACAGUUACAAUCAGAAAGUGGUGAAACAACGAGUCAUCUUAUGGGGAUGUUUUACCGGACCAUUCGUAUGAUAGACAACGGAGUAAAACCUUGUUACGUAUUUGAUGGGAAACCACCCGACAUGAAGAGCGGGGAGCUGGAGAAAAGAAGCGAGAAGCGAGCUGAAGCAGAAAAAGCUCUAACCGAAGCUAAGGAGCGAGGAGAUACUGAAGCAGUUGAUAAAUUUGAGCGACGACUGGUGAAGGUUACAAAGGAACAAAACGAAGACGUCAAGAAACUUCUUCGACUGAUGGGUGUGCCAAUCGUCGAAGCACGCGGUGAAGCUGAAGCUCAAUGUGCUGCUCUUGUAAAGGCUAAAAAGGUCUACGGUACAGCAACAGAAGAUAUGGAUGCGCUGACAUUCGGAUCUGACGUUCUUCUUCGGCAUAUGACGUUCGCUGAAGCUAAGAAAAUGCCUAUCAAGGUUUGCGGUUGUUUCUUUGGUUCGACAAAAUCUUCUCAAUUCUGAGA